AUGCAAAUUUUUGAGCUGAUCAAACUGGCCAAGAGCAGCAGCAGCAGCAGCGGCGGCAGCCUACGCAGCGGCAGCGGCUCAAGAAUUAUUAUUAAAUUCGAUAUAAAUAAUAUUCGCAACCGCUGCAUCGCGCUGUGCCCCCCGCGAUCCCCUCGGCUGGACAGUCUGCUGAUUAAUAAAAGACGGCUGCCGUGGCAGAAGUUCGGAGAUGGCCCGCGGUGCUUAAAAAUUCUGAGGCAUCUGUCAAGUCGAGCGAAGGUGAAGGUUUCGCGCAGGCGCAGCAGGACCUGGCCUGCAGAUCUCGAGAUCUGGGGAUCUACGUAUAUGCAUACGUAUAUAACAUACAAUGGUACGAGUAUACGGGUGCACAAAGGCGAUGUGGGGAUCGCGAACCUUGCAAACGCUUUGGAGGGGAACGCUUUGCAUACGUGCGUGUAUGUGACAGUCGCAUAA